AACAAUAUAUUCAACAUUUUUCUAUAUUACAAUAUUUACUGGAUGUAUGGUAUGGGGUUUUAUUUGAUAUUCCAGAAGAUAUUAAUAGGUUUAUCCUGUAAAAUUCUUUACAACUUUUAAAAUGACUAUAUAUUUAAGAAGUAUUGCCAGGCUUAUAAAACAUCUCUAUGUAAAUAUCACAAAUAAAAUGGUACAACAGUGAGCUUAUUUCUUUGCUUAAAAAAUGAAGUAUGAUAAUCCUCAAAUCUCUCUAUUGAACAGGGUUUUAUGCUGUUACAGGAUGAUCCUCUUUAUACUAUCUAGCACACAUGAUUUUAUUAAAUGGAGUGAAAUCAUGCCUGCUGUGAUUAAUAUUAAUAUUAAAAUGGGAUAUUUGUGCUGUUUUAUGUUCAGACUAAUAUACUUUGAGUAAAUGAUAACCAAAUAUCUACUGUCUCUUUAGUGGAUAUAUAAUUUAUUCGUUAACAACUGCCCAUAUGUUUUUUGGAACCAUUCCUUGUGUUUUGGACCACGUCUGUGUCUGGCUUUCCGUUCAUCAACAGUAAUUUUUAGCAAGUGCAAAAGCAAAUGUGUGAUGCAUUUCUUUGAUCAUUUCUGCCAUGAAAUCUUGAGUUGCCAAAGGAUCAUUAAGUAAUACAUGUCCAGCAUUUUAUAAAACCUGGUUAUCAAUGCCAUCCUAGUAAUAUAUGUUUGCACUUGUCCAUUAUAUUUUCUAUAAAUUCUCACCAUAUUUUCACCAAUAUGUAUUGCUGUUCAGUAUAUAUGUGUUUUUAAGCUGACUGGUGUAAAGUAACAUAUCCUCCGUUCAUUGUGCUACAGACAGUUGUAAGCCCUCUUUUCCAAGAAUUCCUCUACAACGAACACUUCAGGAAACUGUAUGCAAAAAUAGAUAUGAACUACUGUUAUAUUGGUUGUUUCCUAAAUAACCAGAAGUCAUUGUUUCUAUCCAAGUUUAGCUUUCUCUGUAAAACUGAUUUUCUGGAAAAGAGAAAAAAUAUUAUAUCUGAUUUUGAAGGAGUAAUCCAAUGGGCAAGUGAGCUAAGUAAAGUUUAGAUUUGAUUGUUAAAUAAACUGGAAAAUCUUCUUGGAAUAGCUUGCCAAAUGCUUGCAUUUCUCAACUUUUCUGGUCUUGAAAAUGCACUGCUUUUUUAUUUUAAUCAAAAUAGUUUUCGCAGUGGUUGUCACAUGUGGAAGAAAAAAACCCCUGUUCUAUCCUAAAGCUUUGCAAUAACCUUUCAUAAAUAGAGUGAUUUUUUUUUUUUUUUUUUUUGAGAGCAUGACUUAUCAGUUCAUGAUAACCUAGCAUAUUUACAGCAUAACCGUAUUUCUUAUUUAGUAAAGAGUUGCUGCUUGCACCACAUUAAAAUACCCCUCAAACCACUGUUGAUUUGAAAUGGCUGUUUUGAUGGGGCUUAUAAUGUUUGGAACAGCUAGUGUACUGUGUUAAAUGAGUCUUUGCAAUUUAACUAUACUGAGUCCUGAUCAAUAUUAUUCUGUAUAAGUUCUCUUCUGAAUUUUGUAUAAAAACAUUUUCUGUGUUUUUAAAUGGUGGAGUUUUUAUCUCUGGGUAUGGACAAACAUACAUUUGAAGUACUCCAAAUCCUGAUCCAAUUAGCAGCCUUCAAAUUUGGAGUGCUUCAGCUCCAUGCAGCUCCUGAGCCUCUGGAAUGCAUCAAAAUGGCUAUGAAGACAUACAGGAGCAGUGUCAUCCACCCCCCUGACUGGAGCCUUUCAUGCCUCUGAAGGGCAGAGCCUGGAUCAGAGUAGCGCUUAUGGAAAAACAUUUGUCUGAAUACAUUUCUACAGCUCUGAGAGACUUCAAAACAACCAGGAGAUUUUAUGAGGAUGGAGCGAUUGUCUUGGGUGAAGAAGCAAAUAUGCUUGCUGGCAUGUUGUUGGGGCUCAAUGCUAUUGAUUUCAGUUUCUGCUUGAAGGGAGAGGGACUGGAUGGCAACUUUCCAGCUGUAAUAGAUUACACACCUUACCUGAAAUUUACCCAAAGUUCUGACAGCAUAAGCAGUGAUGAAGAAGAGCUGCGAACACUAGGCAGCAGUGGCAGUGAAAGCAGUACUCCAGAAAAUAUUGGUCCCCCUUUCAUAAUGGAUGAAAACAGUUGGUACAACAAAUGCAAAAGGGUAGAACAGAAGUAUCGACUGGCUUUGGAACAGAAGGGUUAUCUUGAAGAGCUGGUACGCCUUAGAGAAACACAACUGGCUGAAUCUGUUUCACAGAAUAAACUCGUACUGCAGCGGAUUGAAGAUAUGGAUCUAGCCCAUAAAAUGGAAAAGGAGCAGCUGGAGUAUAUCAUUGUGGAGCUGCAAGACCAGCUAAAAUGUCUGCUCACAUACGUAUGUGGAUGCAAACAGCACAAGCAUCUUCCAGGCAUGAGCCUUUGGAAACUUCUGUUCAUUGAGAGAGGGAUAAAAGCUAGGAAGUGGCACUUACCUGAAUUGUUCCGCAAGCAAUGCACCAUACUGCAGGUCAAUAAGCUCAAGUUGGAGGUUACAUGGAACAGUGUCAACAUUAAAUGUGAAAGGACUGUGCUAAAGAAUAAUGAUUUAAGAUCAAGACAAGAGUUAACUACCCAUCUCACCAAUCAGUGGCCUUCCCCUGGAGCUUUGGAUGUCAAUGCUGUUGCCUUGGAUACCCUACUCUAUAGAAAGCACAAUAAACAAUGGGAUGAGAAAAGUUUUCAAAGUCUGGACCAGCUCUCAGCAGAUGUUAGCUUUUCUCAGACAUCUCUGGAUCCAGGUCAUUCACAAGAUGGAAAGCAGGAUGGAAUAAAUUUACUAAAUGAAGGAAAAGAGGACACCCCAUCACUGCUUGGUCUCUGUGGCUCUCUGACGUCAGUAGCAAGUUACAAAUCUCUCACAAGUCUGAAAUCAAGUGAAUAUCUUGCGAGUCCCACAACAGAGAUGACAAGUCCAGGUCUAACUCCAUCCUGAGCAGAUAUACGUAAUGAAGGGGUUUUAUGUUGUAUGCAUUCAAUUUACAUUCCAUAAUUAGACUUGCUAUGAAGACAUUUAAAAAUUCAAGCAAGCUAAAGAAUCUGCUGCUUUAUUUUGUCCUUUUUUCUGUAAUUAUGUGUUUAAAAAAACCACAAAUAAUAUGUGUUAUCUAUCACAUCCUUUGUCGUUCUUCUUUAACAGGAAUGUACAGAUUUCCUUUUUGAAACCUUUUAUUAUUUGAGAUUCUCAGUCAGGUACAGAAUUUUGUGCGAUAAAGGUAUGAAUUAAUACAUCGUAAAAAAAAAAAUCAACAACAAAAAAACCAGAUUAAAUUAGCCUUCUAUUUAACUGCCAUGAUCUGUGUUACCCUGCCAGAGCUGAUAACUUCCCUCUGCUCUUAACCAGAGCACUUCUCUACAGUUAUACAUGUUGCCAACAUUUGCAGAAAAGGCAUGAAAUCCACUCUUGACGGGUAAAUAAAUAUUUAAUUUCUAAAUAUUUUAUGUUUAAAAAUGUAAUUUUUUUGUGUAUAUUUGUUCUAUUAUUUAUGUGGAUUCUCAAAUAGUUUAUUUUAUUCUACUGAGAUGAUUUAUUCAGCUUCUUUUGAAACAUUGACUAAGUGUUAAAUUUGUAUCCCAGUUAUCAUUAUGCCACUUGGAGAUGACCAAUGUUUAUUUAGUUUCUCAUCAUGAAGAAUAUAUCCCUACUUCUUGAUCGUGGGACAGAGUAACAGAGCUACUUCCAAGCUUACGAAAGGAUUUGAAGGCAAGUCGAUAAAUGAUUUGCAUAAUCCAAUUUAGGGAAAACUUUGCAAUGUGAAAAGUAGGUAAACUUGAUUUUUGGCGUUAUCUUCCCUUAAUGCAAAGGGUAGAGGAAAGUCAAAGAAUAGGACUAAGAAAUGGGGUAGUGUUAGGACUUAUUAUAGCUGGGGGGAGGGAAGGGGGGAUCUCUUUUCAUGUUUACUUGUGAAGAAUUCAGGGCAUUUUUUUAAAAACUUAAAUUUAGAUUGGAUAAUUGACUAAAUGAAUGCCAAAUUCUCACAUUUACUUUUUUUUUCUCAUUCAUGAAGUAGUUUGAUAGGUAUUUGCUUGAUUAUACAGUUCAGUAACACUUAAAAGUGAAUCCUUUAAAAUUCUGUCACUGAUUAAACUAUUGAUACAAAUUAUUUGGAAGGAUUUUAAAACAAAACUAAACUUUCCAGAUGAUCCCACCCUUUUUAAAGUUUGCAAAAUAAUUUUUGUAUUGCAAACUAUAUUCUUAAUUCUUUGUAAAAUUUACUGAAUCCUUUAUCUAAGAAUUUUGCUAGUCAGGGUAGUGCUUAUUAGUCCCAUUGAUAACUUUUUAAACAAAAUGUAAGUGCAUGCAAGUGUUGCAUUUAUUAAUCAUGAGGGAAAUGCUUUGUUGUGCCAAAGAUGUUUCAUAAACUGUUUACAUGAGUGGCUACAAAACUUCUAGGGAUCCUUAAUUACAGCUUACUUUCAGGAUGUUGUUUACAAUAGACACUACUUGCUAUGCUGCCUGCUUCAUUUGACUAGCCAUACAGAGAAAUGUGCCUCUUGUAACGUUGCCCUUAGCACUACUGCUGUAGCUUGGCAGGGUAAAGAAUAGGAAUUUAAUCAAUCAUUUCUGCAAACAGAACAAUGCAAGAUGUAGAUGGUGCGUGUGAUAGUAUACGUCUCCAGAAAUAACUAUAAUGAUUUCUGAAAUACAAUUUGAACAGUAGCGCUCUUUUCUUAAGGUCUACCAGAAUGCCUGUUAUCACAUACAGUAAUUGCCUGGUCCUUGCACUAAGCCCCUGCUCUGUCAUGGCAGUCCAGUAGUUUUUUUGAAACAAUAUUAAUUAAAUAUUAGUUUGUAAACUAAAGAUGCAUUUUUAAUAUAAACAACAAAGGAAUCAGGAUUUCGUUAAGUUAACUUUCCAUGUUUAUGUAUGGUAACUUCAGCAGUCUGCGUGCUGUUAUCUAAACAGUUCUUCUCCCUGUUCUUUGGCUAUAAUCAUGAUUUUUAGUCAUGUUAGCUGAUGGCUCUCUUUUUGGAGCGACUAGGGUAAAAUUCAUGCAGUGUCAUAUAAGUACGUCUUUUCUGUAGUAUGUUUCACACCAGUAGUAGUUAGUAAAUGUCAAUGUUUGUGCAUGGGAAACUGGCUGUAUGUCUCUCUUCUAAAUGCUGUCCAUAUUUCAAAAAUAUCUGAACAAAAAUAAAUGCCUAAAUUUGUAUUUUGUUGCCUUGUGCAUCAUAACUGUUGCAUGUAAAUUAAACUUUUUUGUACUAUCA